AAUUUUCAACUGGCAACGACUUACAGUUCUCCUUAUAUUUCCACGAUAAAACCUAUCUGCAGGCUACACACCUAUAGGUUUUAUAACGAAGUCUGAGCAUUACGUCCACAGAUGGUUUACGACGAAUAUACCCUUUUCGAAACACCAGAUUACUACUAUAUAAAUGCAUCUGGGUCAAAAGCGUUUAUUGUAAUUGAUAGAGUAUCACAAGAACUCAAAGUUGAAUUUGAAAAACCGGUUAUUCCAGCCAUAGCUCAAAAGCACACAAUCUAUGGAAUAUGGGGCGUUAUACGUCUAGUUUCAGGGUUUUAUUUGAUAGUGAUUAAAGAACGUGAACGAGUUGGCGAGAUAUUCGGAAACACUAUUUUUAAAAUAACCAAAAGUGGAAUAUUACCUUUUGCUAGGUCUUUACUUCAUUUGACAGAUAUUCAGAAUCAAGAUGAAUCUGUGUAUUGUCAAAUGCUCAACAGUAUUCUAUCGUCAGAAGGUUUUUACUAUUCAACUACUUAUGACCUGAGUCAUACAUUGCAACGUUUAUCAGAUUCGGACCCGGAAUUCAAGGCAUCCAGUAUUUAUGAACGUGCAGAUAAACGAUUUACAUGGAACAAAUCACUUCUGAAUGAAUGGGAAUCUUUACUGAAUUCCACCGUGUCUUCUUUUAAACAUAAACAACCAAUUGAUUGGAAUCGAUUCGAUUAUUGUGUACCUAUUAUUCAAGGUUAUGUUGGCAUUAUAACAUAUCCAGAAAAUUUGUCAAAUAUUUCUAAAGGCAGUUUAACCUAUUGUCUAAUCUCUCGUCGUAGUAUUCAUCGCACGGGGACAAGAUUUAAUGUACGUGGAAUUGACCGCGAGGGCAAUUGUGCAAAUACUGUGGAAACAGAACAAUUAGUUGAAAUUUCAGGGCAUAGAUUUUCGUUUGUUCAGCUUCGUGGUUCUGUGCCAAUCUAUUGGAGUCAAAAACCUAAUUUACGCUAUAAACCAGCUGUUUUACUAGGCGGGGGAGGAGCGGCGGCAGCAGCAGUAGCAGCUGGUAGUAGUAAUGAAUUAUCCUCUCCAUCUAAUAAUCUCACUUCUAAUGAAACAGACAAAAAUUUAGAAACAAUUCAAGCAAAUAUUGCACGUCAACAUUUUCAUCGAUUAAUUUAUGAUUAUGGUUAUGGACGACAAACCAUAAUCAAUUUAUUAAAUCAAAAAGGUAUGGAACAUAAUUUAGGCCAUGCAUAUGCUAUGGCCACAUUACCUUUGGAUGAAAAAGAAGUCAAAUAUGAAAGUUUUGAUUUUCAUCAUGAAUGUGGUUCAACUCGUUGGGACCGUCUGAGUAUUUUGUUAGAACGUCUUAUACCAGAAUUAUUGAGAUCAAAGCAAUUACAUUUAGAUAUGAAUAAUAAUCCGGCGAAAAUUAUCACUCGUCAAACUGGAACAUUUCGUUCCAAUUGUAUUGAUUGUUUAGAUAGAACAAAUGUUAUCCAAUCAAUGCUUAGUUGGUGUGCAUUAGAACAAGCAAUGAUUGAAAUCGGUGUAUUAACUGGGACAACAACAACAACAACAACAGUAUCAUAUACAGCGAAUGCUAGUACAACAUCACCACUGUCUUAUUUAUGGCCUGGUUUUGGUUAUCAAUUUAAAUCAUUAUGGGCAGAUAAUGCCGACUAUUGUUCACUUCAAUAUACCGGAACACGUGCUUUGAAAACAGAUUUCACUAGAACAGGCAAACGAACAUUCUAUGGUAUGUUAAUGGAUGGUUAUCAUUCCCUGGUUCGUUAUUAUUUAAACAAUUUCAAUGAUGGUUAUCGUCAAGAUUCAAUGCAUUUAUUACUUGGUCAAUAUAAAAUAUUCGAUGAGCAUGGUAAUCCAAAACCAUUACAUGGUGGAUCCAAAGGCAUACUGCUUCGACAUUCUCGUCAUCAUCAUACACAUCAAACGGAUACGGAAUGGUUUACACAAUAUCUGCCAUUAGUAUUUAGUUUUACACUGGCUAUGUCAGUGUUGUGUUGUAUAUUUCCUACAGCUCAUUGGACAGAGAAAGCAACUUAUGUCCUAUUCUGGGGUGGAGCAUCCAUUCUAUCCGCUUUAGCUAUAUUUGCUUAUGGUGAAGAAUUUGUUGAUCGUCCUCGAUUUUGUCCAGAUUAAAAAUAAUAAAUUAGGAUAUUAUCAAAUUUAUUAUAACUGACUGGUGUAAUAAUAAUAAUAAUAAUAAUAAUAAUAAUAAUAAUAUUUUUCUCUUUUAAUUUUCUCAAUGAUGAAAUAAAUACUUUUUUUUUCCUCUCCUCUUAGUUUAAUUUUAUUUGAUAAAACUAACUAACUAACUAACUAACUAACUAACUAAUUGGGGACAAAUAAAAUAUUAUUUGUAAUUUUGACAGAAAAAUACAUGUUCAUUUUUGUGAUCGACAUCUUUUUUUCUGAACUAGGAUGUUAUUUCUUUGUUUUUUUUUAUUGUACGCACGUUGUUCCUCUCUCUGUCUUGAUCUUGAUCAAUCAUUACUGGAAUGGGUGUAACACAUUCAUUGUGUGUGUCUUUCUGGGUGUUUUUCUUCAUUGCAACCAAUUAACUAUUUCUCGCAAAUGAUUUUAUUUUAGCAGUAAAAAUUACAAUGUCUUUCUUUCGAUUUGGC